GGGGUCUACCUGGCUCUUCACUCAUUCACAUAAUCACUGGCGCGCAGGCAGCGCUGCAGGUGACGCUGAACGACCAAGAAUAAUAACUUGAAUUUGAUAUAGAAAGAACGAACAUCGAUCUAAAACAGAAAGAUAAUAAAGAAAGCUUGUUUAAGAGAGUGGUGAUUAUUGUGAGGAAAUUGAGUGUCAACAUGUUUUACUGGAGUGACUCCCAGCGCUUGUGAGUGGAGCAUCAGUGUUAAUCGUAGCAUGUGUUGCUGGAGUGGAUCCCAGCACCUGUGAGUGGAACACCACUGUUCACCGUCGUGGCUCUCACCAUGAUUGGGAGAUCUCACACACACACACUUCUCAUCCUCCUUGCAGCGACGUCGUGGGUGAGAGGGAGAGGCCUGGAUCCAGCACAGCAGCUGCCAGUAUUCCAGCCCAUCACAGGCACUGCAGCGCCUUUUGUCUUCCCCAGCUUCCCUACGUUCUCUCCAGUCGUCCAUGAUGCUCCGUUGAAGCAACGCUCCACUUCCCAUGAGAACUUCCAGCCGAAUGAAAAUCCUUCCUUUAUUAGCAUAAAUAACACAAAGCAAGAGCCUAAUGUUUCACAUCCAUUACAGGAUCCCCCUUCGGGUGUUCCGCUUCCAAUUAAUGUACCACAGGAGGGUGUUCCGAGUACCUCCAAACCUUCACCCUCCUCAACGGAUGGGUUUAACUUUCCUGACCCUCCCUCAGCGUCUUCCGAGCCUACUUCAGCCCCUAUUGCUGGAGAAAAUCUUCCGAGUGCAGGAAAGAAUGGCGCCAGUGGAGACGUCUUCAGCCCAGAGAGUCACAGAUCAUUGUCCGGACCACUACCAAAGACCACCGACCAGGAUGACACGAGUCUUCCUCUAUCUGUCACAGAGUCCCCUCAAGUUAUCUUCGCCACAGAAACCUCUCAAUCAUCGAUUUCUACAACCUCAGCAACACCACCAACUACAAGCAUUCCUGAGGCUUCUGAAACUUCAACAGAGUCGUCAACUCCAACAACGCCAACUUCCAUAACAAUAACAGAACAGGAAGUUGAUAACAAUACAUUUGCUUCAUCUUCAAGAAUGGAAGAAUUACGAACACUUACUACAACUGAAGUGGCAACAACAACAACUACUGUUCCUACUACGGCUACGCCAUCUACUACAACUAACUCACCCGGAACAUUCAGAAAGAAAGAUGCAGCUCUUCCGACUUUCGUCGGGAGAAGCGAUGGCCGCUCAGGUCUACCACCUUCAGUAGGCUCCCGUGGAUCCUUAGCUUCCCGUCUCAAAAUGUUUACAGCAGGCCGGAGCAGCCCAGGGACUAACCAAGAGAGACAGAAGCCAGUUGCCAGAGAAGCGCUUGAUGCCAGAAGUGCGCCCCAAGAACGACCAUCACUAAGUUUGGCAGAAAUUCUCAAGGCACGUCAGGCUAAAGGGGAAAGUAGCUCUUCACGCACUAAUAAGCCCGUACGAGAGACACCAAUUCCAAGGGCUUUUGUGAAGAAAAUUCAGGAGUCCAUCCCUACGAGUCAGCAAGCAGAGGCUAGAAGUGACCAGGAAGAUUAUGAUUUUCCCCAGGAAAACCUAGGACAAAGCAACUUACCACCAUCACCUCCAGCACUAAUUUCGUCUGCCGCAACUAGGGCUCCAGCAUUGUCUGCUUCCCUCUCUGGAAAUCUCCAACGAAAGAGUAGGCCUCAGCCUGAUUCUCAUACACAGUCUUUCAUGGAGCGACUUCAAAAACUGCGAGAAAGGCGCUUAAAAUCAACCUCCACCACCACACUACCUCGUCGACCCUCCUCUGAGAAAUCAGACAACCCUUCUCUUCAGCAAGACACUGAUGAUUUAAAAAGUUUGAGACAAGAAUCUACUACGAGAACCUUGAAUACUCGCACAAAACCUGGACAGAGGAGGCCAAACAACAACUUACACAACAGACUAAGAAAUCGUCCCCGUGCACCCGCUACGAAGAGUACCCAAGAAGGUAAUGAUCGCAUACUCGCUCCCAGUCCAUUCACCAACCCCAUCACGAAGGAUACAGAGGAAGGUAAAAGUCUCACAGUCACUCCCAGUGUACUUACUGUGAAUGGUACCCAGGAAGGUAAUAGUAGCGCUAUCACGUCCCAUGGACUUACCAACCACAAUGAGACGGGUAGCCAGGAAAGCAACAAGACAUCUCCACAGAGACCACCCGCUCCCUUCACUACCAAAGCUCCAGCAAGACGCGUUCAGAUUACCACAGAAAGACCUCUCACGUUUAGAGAAAGAUUCAAUGAAUUCAGAAAGACAAACAGAUUUAUACCAAAGAGUAAAAGAUUAUUAUCAACAACAUCCACUACACCGGUGACCAGGACAAGGAAAGUCCUUAGAAAGACUCAAGAGCGUGACUUUGAUUAUUUUACUGAAUUCAACCCAGUUACACCGUCGGUUACUGAGUAUACCCCAGUUACACCUGCAGUUACUGAGUAUACUCCUGUUACACAAGGGAGUGCAGAGAACAUCCCUGUUACACAAACAUUCACUGAUACAGUAGCCUUGUCGAAAGUGCAGCAAAUCCGUGAGAGGAUUGCUGCGAUGUUAAGUGCCAGGGGUCUGUCAAAAAUCACUACCACUCAGGAAGUGUUUUCAAUUUUGGAGGAAGUGACAGACAAGCCAUUGUUCAGUGGACCGACAGACUCAUCAUUACAGACACCUGUUGAUUUUGGUGUCACCUCCAACCCGAUUAUUUCCGUCGACGCUGCAGAUGGAGAAAGUGGCUCUACAGAGAUUCCUCUCGACGAGCUCUUGCUAACAAUCAUACAGACAAUAAGCAGCGUAGAACUACCACCAACUACCCCGGUGUACAGCUCGUCUGAAGAUACUAGUCCUUCCUCAUUGUCCUUCCAAGACCCAAUCUCAAAUUUCCUCGCUGCCACACAGCUUAGUACAACUUUAGAGCCCGUUCAAGUAUUGUCCGUGUCAGCGAGUGCCACCUGGAAUGACACUACGUUAUCCACAGCACAGCAAGCAAUCACAGUUUCUGAAGACAAGAAUGAUUUUGACAAUAUAACGACUGUUUCGCGCCAGACACCAGAAGUCUCAAGAGAAACACUGGAGCAAGAAGCAGCAUCAGAUCUAACUAGUCCUGCGCAUGGAGUGGAAGACAGAGAGCAAAAACUCACCCAUUUCCUCGAAGACAAUGGAGGCACAACUUCUGCAAGAGCUCUCACAACACCAACAGAAGCACCAACAACAACGUCGACAAUAUCAACAAUAACAACAACAACAGAAGUAACAAGGACAACAGUAACAAUACCAACAAUCACAACAACAGAAGAAACGGUAUCAACAACGAUAAGAGAGACUCCAGAGGAUACCUCUGAGAAUUCUGGCAUCCAGGAUCUGGUCUCGAAGAUGGUCUCUCAGGGAGUCAUCACAAAGAUCAUACGUGAUGAUGUAUCACCACAAUUAAGUGAAACGAAAAUACAAACAGAGAACCAGACAACAAGAGGUUUAACUGAAGCUUCUAUAGUAGCAAGCACUCCAGAAGAACACAAGAGAGCUUCUUCAGAAAAACAAGGGCUAACCACUCCGGAAGAACCAAUAGAAACCCCUCCAGGAGAACCAAUAAAAACCACUCUGGAAGAACCAAUAAAAACCACUCCAGAAGAUAUAAUAAAAACGACUCCGGAAGAACCAAUAGAAACCACUCCGAAACAAAUAAUAAAAAUCACUCCAGAAGAACCAAUAAAAACUUCUGAAAAAUUGGUAAUAACCACUCAAGAAGAACCUUCAAUAACUUCUCCAGCAGAACAAGAACCAGUAACUCCAAAGGAGAAAGAAAUAAGCAUGCCAGACGAACGAGGAAUAAUCACAAAGGAAAAACAGUUGAAAAUCACUCCUAAAGAACAAGAAAUAACUGUGAGAGAAGAACAAGCUAUAAUAACUCCAGGAGAACAUGUACUAUCACAGUCGAGAACAUCAUCUGAAGUUCUAGCCAACGAAAACAAUGAAAAGAGGAAAAUGUUCAAUGAUGGUUCAACCUUCAGCUCUGAUGUGCGUGGCCACACUGAUGCUGGUUCAUCUCUCAGCUCUGAUGUGCGUGGCCACACUGAUGCUGGUUCAUCUCUCAGUUCUGAUGUGCGUGGCCACACUGAUGCUGGUUCAUCUCUCAGCUCUGAUGUGCGUGGCCACACUGAUGCUGGUUCAUCUCUCAGCUCUGAUGUGCAUGGCCACACUGAUGCUGGUUCAUCUCUCAGCUCUGAUGUGCGUGGCCACACUGAUGCUGGUUCAUCACUCAGCUCUGAUGUGCGUAGCCACACUGAUGAUGGUUCAUCUCUCAGCUCUGAUGUGCGUAGCCACACUGAUGAUGGUUCAUCUCUCAGCUCUGAUGUGCGUAGCCACACUGAUGAUGGUUCAUCUCUCAGCUCUGAUGUGCGUGGCCACACUGAUGCUGGUUCAUCUCUCAGCUCUGAUGUGCGUGGCCACACUGAUGCUGGUUUAUCUCUCAGCUCUGAUGUGCCUAGCCACACUGAUGAUGGUUCAUCUCUCAGCUCUGAUUCUCUGAUGUGCCUAGCCACACUGAUGAUGGUUCAUCUCUCUCAGCGUCUGAUGGUUCCCUAUGCCACCACUGAUGAUGGUUCAUCUCUCAGCUCUGAUGUGCGUGGCCACACUGAUGAUGGUUCACCUCUCAGCUUUGAUGUGCGUAGCCACACUGAUGAUGGUUCAUCUCUCAGCUCUGUUGUGCGUAGCCACACUGAUGAUGGUUCAUCUCUCAGCUCUGUUGUGCGUGGCCACGCUGAUGCUGGUUCAACUUUCAACUUUGACAUGCGUGGCCACACUGAUGCUGGUUCACUUCUCAGCUCUGAUGUACGUGGCCACACUGAUGCUGGUUCAACCAUCAGCUCUGGCGUGCAUGGCCACACUGAUGCUGGUUCAUCUCUCAGCUCUGAUGUGCGUGGCCACACUGAUGCUGGCUCGCUUCCCAGCUCUGUUGUACGUGGCCACACUGAUGCUGGUUCAACCUUCAUCUCUGACGUGCGUGACCACACUGAUGCUGGUUCAUCUUUCAGCUCUGAUGUGCGUGGCCUCAUUGAUUCUGGCUCAACCUUUAGCUCUGAUGUGCCUGCCCACACUGAUGAUGGUUCAUCUCUCAACUCUGAUGUGCGUAGCCACACUGAUGCUGGUUCAACCUUAAGCUCUGAUGUACAUGGAAAAAGUGAUGCUGGUUCAAUCUUCAUCUCUGAUGUGCGUGGCCACACGGAUGCUGGUUCAACCUUCAGCUUUGAUGUACGUGGCCACACGGAUGCUGGUUCAACCUUCAGCUCUGAUGUAGGUGGCCACACGGAUGCUGGUUCAAGCUUCAGCUCUGAUGUGCGUGGCCACACGGAUGCUGGUUCAAGCUUCAGCUCUGAUGUGCGCGGCCACACGGAUGCUGGUUCAACCUUCAGCUCUGAUGUGCGUGGCCACAAUGAUGCUGGUUCAACGUUCAGCUCUGAUGUGCGUGGCCACACUGAUGAUAGUUCAGCUCUCGGCUCCGAUGUGCGUGGCCACACUGAUGAUGGUUCAACGUUCAGCUCUGACGUGCGUGGCCACACUGAUGAUGGUUCAACGUUCAGCUCUGAUGUGCGCGGCCACACUGAUGAUGGUUUAAUCUUCAGCUCUGAUGUGCGUGGCCACACUGAUGAUAGUUCAGCUCUCGGCUCCGAUGUGCGUGGCCACACUGAUGAUGGUUCAUCUCUUGGCUCUGAUGUGCGUGGCCACACUGUUGAUGGUUCAUCUCUCGGCUCUAAUGUGCGUGGCCACACUGAUGAUGGCUCCUUUUUCAGCUCCGAUGUACGUGGCCGCACUGAUGCUGGUUCAUCUUUCAGCUCUGAUGUGCGUGGCCACACUGAUGAUGGUUCUUCUCUCAACUCUGAUGUGCGUAGCCACACUGAUGCUGGUUCAAUCUUCAGUUCUGAUGUGCGUAGCCACACUGAUGCUGGUUCAACCUUCAGCUUUGAUGUACGUGGCCACACUGAUGCUGGUUCAAGCUUCAGCUCUGAUGUGCGUGGCCACACUGAUGCUGGUUCAACCUUCAGCUCUGAUGUACGUGGCCACACUGAUGCUGGUUCAAUCUUCAGCUCUGAUGUGCGUGGCCACACGGAUGCUGGUUCAAGCUUCAGCUCUGAUGUGCGUGGCCACAUGGAUGCUGGUUCAUCCUUCAGCUCUGAUGUGCGUGGCCACACGGAUGCUGGUUCAAGCUUCAGCUCUGAUGUGCGCGGCCACACGGAUGCUGGUUCAACCUUCAGCUCUGAUGUGCGUGGCCACAAUGAUGCUGGUUCAACCUUCAGCUCUGAUGUGCGCGGCCACACUGAUGAUGGUUCAACGUUCAGCUCUGAUGUGCGUGGCCACACUGAUGAUAGUUCAGCUCUCGGCUCCGAUGUGCGUGGCCACACUGAUGAUGGUUCAAUGUUGAGCUCUGACGUGCGUGGCCACACUGAUGAUGGUUCAACGUUCAGCUCUGAUGUGCGUGGCCACACUGAUGAUAGUUCAGCUCUCGGCUCCGAUGUGCGUGGCCACACUGAUGAUGGUUCAUCUCUCGCCUCUGAUGUGCGUGGCCACACUGAUGAUGGUUCAACGUUCAGCUCUGAUGUGCGUGGCCACACUGAUGAUAGUUCAGCUCUCGGCUCCGAUGUGCGUGGCCACACUGAUGAUGGUUCAUCUCUCGCCUCUGAUGUGCGUAGCCACACUGAUGAUGGCUCGUCUCUCAGCCCUGAUGUGCGUGGCCACACAGAUGUUGGUUUAUCUCUUGGCUCUGUUGUGCGCGGCCACACUGAUCAUGGUUCACCUCUCAGCUCUGAUGUACGUGGCCACACUGAUGAUGGUUCAUCUUUCAGCUCUGAUGUGCGUGACCACACUGAUGAUGGUUCACCUCUCAACUCUGAUGUGCGUGGCCACACUGAUGAUGGUUCACCUCUCAACUCUGAUGUGCGAGGCCACAUUGAUGAUGAUUUAACCUUCAGCUCUGAUACCCGUGGCCGCGAAGUCACAUUAACGUCUUGGGUUGAAUCCGCUUCCCAAUUUCCACCAACAACACCAGUAACGACAUCGGAAGUACCUUUGCAUUUCAGGAUCCCUGUCUGGCCCAGCAGGACGAUUGAUGAACCUACCCUAGAGUCUCCAGUGUUUCCUUUCUCAAGUAACCCUCUGGUAUCUCCGGUGAAGGUAAUUGACACUGCCGAGGUGGUCCAUGACACGUCAACCACAACACCAGUAACAACCACAACUCCAGCAACAACCACAACACCAGCAACAACCAAAACACCAAUAACAACCACAACUCCAGCAACAACCACAACUCCAGCAACAACCACAACACCAGCAACAACCACAACACCAGCAACAGCCACAACACCAGCAACAACCACAACACCAGCAACCACCACAACAACAGCAACAGCCACAACACCAGCAACAACCACAACACCAGCAACAACCACAACACCAGCAACAACCACAACACCAGCAACAACCACAAUACCAGCAACAACCACAACAGCAGCAACCACAACACCAACAGCAAACACAGCACCAGCAGCAAACACAGCACCGGAAACUACCACAACACCAGCACCAACCACAACUCCUGAGUCAACCACAACUCCUGUGACUCAAAACCAAGAUGUCACUUUGCUUAUUUCGGAUUACUUUGAGACCCCUAACUCACUUAAUGCCACAGAAGCACGUACACUGCCUGCGGGUGCAUCAGGGGAUGAAAACGAGGUUGAUGUUAUUGACUCCAUGGAUAAUUUUGAAAUGUUGUUGCGUAGCUUUGAUAUAACAUCAACGCGCCCUGAAUUUGCAACCUUAAACCACGUUCUUGGCAUCAGCUUGACCACGACAACAGAGCAAGCAGAGCCUCUGGAGAAUGAACUUGAGAAGCCUGAGCCAUCACAGGAUUUCUUCUACGAUGAUCUGGAGCCAGCAGCCACUGAACAGGUCAUCUUCACCACCAGUCUUCAGAUGCCUUCAGUCUUGGAUGGUCGAGAAGAGAUGGUGGCCGAGUCCACUACUAAUGUGGUAGACAUGGCAGCUGCAGAGGAAGAUCUUGUACCAACUGUGGUUAACAUGGAUGUGGCGUCCCUCACUGUGUCUGAGCCCUCGUCGAGGCUGCACAACGUUGCUCAUGUUAAAGAGACCUCCAGUAUGGCCGACAGUACUGCUUCAGAAAAGAGAGAACAGUCAGUAACUGAUGAGGUUAUAUUGGAGACUAUUAGUAAUAUUCCACAGUCACCUGCCACGCCAGGUGUCAGUAAUAACGAAGAUGUUUCCUCAGACAAUGCUGUCAUCAGUACUGCUAGAGAACAGUUGUUAUCGCCAGCUCCCAGACAGCUGUCCAUUUUCCAACAUAAUCUUUCCAAUGGGUCACAAGACCAAACCAAAGAUGAUUCGGAUAUUAAUAUUGCUCUUCCAAAUUUAAUGCGAAAUGUAUCCCAUGACAUUGUCAACAGCACCUCUUCGGAAUUUUCGGCAAGUGUCUCCAGAGCUGCAGCGAGAGAGAAACUACAUCUACAGCGGCUCAUGCGAGAUCGUGAAAGAGGUCUUGGGGGACCAACGUCCAGACCAAACCUCUCUCCGCGGAGAAGUAGCGUGGUUCCUCUUGAAAAGUUAAGAAGCACAUCAGAAAAUCCUACAACAGCGAUAUCCAACGACAGACUGAGCCUCAGUGAACUUAUCAGUCUACGAAAUUCAAAAGAAAAGACUACUCAAACUCCUACAACAACAACUAUGCCACUUGCGCCAACAGCGACAACUACUACAACUGUAGUUCCAACAACCUUUCGUAGAGCGUUUAUUUCACAGGACACCAUUAAGCAGCGUCCUUCAGACAAUACAAGUACCACUACUCAGGCUACCACACAAGCUGAAAAACCCUCGACAACCUCAACCAAUGGCGAUAACUCAGAAACAAAGACUUCCAAUAAAGCUUUAUUGAAAUUCUUGGCACUGAAUAGACAGAAACUGAGGGCACUGGCUGCAAGGAAAAACAAUGCUACAGCAGUGACAGAAGGAGCUACUCAGACAACCACAGGGCAAAGCUUUACUACUGAUAUACCAGAAACGAGUACUGAGCUUUUUUCUGCAACACCAAGUGGAUUUAAUAAUUUUACACGCGGAGUAAAACCUCAACACAGAGCUCCAGGGGAAGUGGAAACAAAAAUAUCUGAAGUGACUCAACCAGAACCAGCAGUAAGUCCAGUCACUCCAGACAUCACAAAAUCACAAAUAUUGAGUGGAACCCGACCAUCUUCUUUUUUGAGACCUGUUCCUUCACCCAGACCUUUCAGCGUGGCUUUUAAUGAGCAUUUCGCACAUGGCGAUGGACUGCCAUUCACCGAGCAACACGAAGAAGCUUUCUCCCAGGGUUCUAAUCCUGUCAAUAGGUUCAUAAGUCUCCCUCCAAGGUUUAUCAUCCCUCAAAACAAUCGCUCACAAGUUUCUCCAACUUUUCUUACAAGACGUACUCGACCUCCCACGAGAUUUUCUAAUAAUCAGUCUCCACAAGAAUCUCCUCGGCGACUCCACGUCCCUCUCUCUCCUACACCUCGCCCAACAUUGAUCAAGGAAGUAAAAACAGGACAAGGUGACGUGAUCAGACAUCCAUUGCACUUAACAGACUCAAAUGCAAGAGAAAGAACCACACUCAACACCCAGUCGCAUAAUGCUGACGAUACUAACAAAAGGAGAAUCACAAAGUUUUUCCUAAAACAACAGCAGCAGCAACAGCAAGAACAACAACAAGACAUUGAAGUCACAACAGCUGAUUUUAUGGAUGAAGAUGAAAUCACUACCUUGACAUCUCUUCUAAGUAAACAGAAAGUUAAUCGAAGCAGACUUAAUUUCGAUGAAAGAAUAACUACCCCCACAUCCUCAACAACGACCACUGAUAUUCCAGAAUUAACAACACAAUUAGUUGAUGAUAAUUUUAGGCCAGUCACAACUUCAAGCGACGUUGAGAGUACUUCUUCACCAGACUUUGAAGAAACAUCAUUUUUUCCAGAUCUUGAUGAAACUACCAAAAGCUUGAUUGACAGCACCUUAACUUUUCAGUCAGGUAAGACGACCAUACCAUCAGCUGAAGACAUGACUUCAGCUCAUGUUCCACCUUUUAAUUUCAUGGGUAAACAGAAAGCAGAAUUUCCUACCAUCUCGGCUCCUAAAGCGUUCCCAACUACCCGACAAUCAGGACAUCUCCCCAGGCUGCCACAUCAGGAGGUGAGACUUUUCCAUCACUUUCCCACUUCCAAAUCGAGAAGUAGACCUUCUACUUUCAUCGACUCCGAGACAACAAUUCCUCCAGUCACCCCUCUGCUGGAACUGGAAUCUCUGGAUCCGCCAAGGACAUUCCCAACUGUUGAGGCUGGCAGUUUCCAGACAUCAGCAACAACGAUCUCUCCUAUUUUUUCCCCUACGAUUUCUACUGAACUGCAAACUGAAACGACACUUUCACCCAAACCUGAGCUUGACUUAAGUUCAUUGCCAUCUCCAACGUUCAUUUUCAGACCUGAAAUAAAAUCAGAAAACUCUUCUGUAACAUUACGACAAUCUCAACCACCCUUUACUACAGCGAGGCCCACAGACAUCUUCAUGAAUCAAGAAAGUUUCUCCCUACAACGCCCACCUGUGGACAACAGGAAACCCCAGCUGAGUUCAAGAGGCAGGCCUGAAAUAUCAUCUGUGAUAACCGAUCAUAGCGAAGCUUUUUUCUCAGAAGAAGACCCUCCUUGCCAUUUAUGUUCGGGACACCAGCCAGAUACGACAACUCUGCCGCCACCCACAUCUGAAAAUCCGCUCACCACAACGCUCCCUAGUAUCGUAUCACCCAAGAUUAUACUCCUACUACCUGUAGGGAAUUCAACGAUUUUCUCGGGGAGCUCCAUUCCCAUUUCAAGCAUUCUCAGUAAGCUUCCACCAAUUGCUAACCUAAGUGACAAUAAAGAAGCAUCGUUGCAGCAGAAAUCAAUGCUCGCGUCCAACAAAGAUGCCGUUAGUCAAGAUUUCGGCUUAAGCGAUGUCAUCACUGCUGCUCCAGUAUCGAAGGAGCUGCAGCAAGUUGCUUCAGAAGGAAGAGUUCUCAGCAGGGACUCGCUAGUUCCACCACCUCCCCUGAAGCACAUGAUAACUAAGGGCGUGACUAUCACGUCAGAGGAAGGCAUCAUAUCCAGAGAUGUACUCUCUACGCAAUCAGUGCAGGAGCAACAACAGCAACAGGAAACCCCAUCACAGCAGCAGCAGAGCUUGAAACAGCCUCAAGAAGGCCUACAGGUAAGACAGCACAGCUUCCACGUGAACCCUCAAAACCCCAAGGAAACACAACAAAAUCUACAACAAACACAACAAAUCUUUCAAGAAACACCUCACAGUAUUCCUGUAACACAGCAAAACGUUCGAGUAACACAGCCUAACCUCCAAGAAACACUGCCAAAACACCAAAUAACACAUCCUGAUCUUCACAGAACACAAAACAAUGUCCACAUAACAAAGCAUCUGAGUACACCGGGGCAAGAUAGGUUCCAGCAGGGACAGCAGAACUCCCAGGAGGCACAAAAGAAACUACAAAAUGGUGAACAUAUAAACAUCCAGCUAGGAGGACUUCAGAGCCUUCCACCAGGACGUCAAGCUCCCCAGCAAGAGCACCAUAAUCUCGAGCAAAGAAAGCAUCAGAGCCUACAAGGACAUCAAAAUCUCCAGCAAAAAUUUCAUCAGAGCCUCCAGCAAGGACGUAACUUCCAACGUGGAAAUCUUCCGAUUCUCCAGCAAGGACAUAGCUUACAGAGAGGACGUCAGAAUCGCCAGAGACAACGAAACCAGCAACAAGGGCAGCAUAUCACUCAAGGACACCAGAUUCUUCCUAAUGAAAAGAAGGACCCCCGACAAGACAAUCAAAACUUGAAAAAUUUCACUGGGCAGCAACGUUCUUUGCUGGAUGAGGGCCAAAACCUCCAGAUGGUGCAGAAAAGCCUCAAAGACGGCCAGACGACAUUCCAGCAAGGACAACAAAGAUUGCAGCACAAUAUCCAGAUCGUCAGCGGUGAACAUACUUUCCAGAAAGGCCAACAGACACUCAGCCAUAGAGAGCAGAAUUCCCAAGUGCUGCAAAUGAAUCAGGGCAACCAGGGCUUCCAUAAUGGUCAACAGAUUUCCCAGAAUAGUCAACAGAGCUCCCAAGAUGAUCAACAGAGCACCCAGAAUGGUCAACAGAGCUCCCAGAAUGGUCAGCAAAGUUUCCAGAAUGGUCAACGGGACUUCCAUAAUAGUCAACAGGGCUUCCAGAAUGCUCAACAGAGCUUCCAGAAUGAUCAACAGAGCUCCCAGAAUGAACAACUUCACGGUCGACAAAAUUUCCAGGAAAAUCAGAAUUUUCUGAAUGGUCAGCAAAACUUCCAGGAUGGUCAUCGUGGACGGCAGACCAUUCAAGGUGAACAACAAAUCAUUCAAGAUGGACAGCAGAGUCAUCGAAGAGGGCAACAGAGUAACCGUAAGGAAGAUCACAGAAACACCAGGAGGAAACAGAGCAACAGCAGGGGAGAACAGCGCAGCAGCAGAAGAGAGCAGAGCAUCAGUAGAGGAGAACAAAACAGCAAUGGAGGCGAGCAGAACAGCCGCCAAGAGAAACAGAGAACCUCCGGAGCUCAACACCAUCUCAGUGUAGUCCAGCAACACCUCCCUGGGGCCCAGCAACACCUUACUGGGGCCCAGCAACACCCUCCUGGGGCCCAGCAGCACCUUCCUGGGGCUCGGCAGCACCUUCCUGGGGCUCGGCAGCACCCUGCCCGACGCCGACCGACUGCAACAUCACAUCGUUCGGGGUCGGGAGGUGGCGUGGGUCACUUCGUCAACAAAGCCGCCAGCUUUCUGAUUGGCCCGGCUGACACCGUCAUCUCCGGUUCAGUUGGUGGCACUAAGAAUGACUUUCCUGGCGGCGUGGCCAGCAAAGACCCCUCUACCCAUUCCUUUACGUCGCCUCAGGUUGCGGCAGCAGGUGUCUCAGGCGGCUCAAGAAGCGGAGGAGAGCCUGUAGAAGACGACCCAGACGGAGACAAGAUACCGGGAAUGGGUGGCGUAGAUUACCCUGUCCUGACCACCAUACCAGUGACCGGGUUCCUCUGCACGCCCAGGAUGUUUAAGAGUGGCAAGAUGUUCGCCGAUCCUGAGACCUCCUGCCAGGUGUACCACAUAUGCAGCGGACACCAGAAAUUCUCCUUCCUGUGUCCUCGAGGAACCAUCUUCCACCAGAACACACACGUCUGUCAGUGGUGGUUCACCGUGGACUGCGAGCAACAGGCGAGGAAGCUGGCUGAGUUCCAGGCACUCGCUGACAGCUGAAGCUGUGGUCCACUAAGCUGUACACUAAUCAAGAUUCCAGUGUGGGAAGGUUAUUCACUCCCCGUAGCAUGGGACGACCCUCUUAGUCCUCUCGAAUGUGAGCGUUAAGCAAACAGACAGAGAUAAACAUAUUCUCAAUGUGAAGAGGGAGAAGUGUAAGUGUGUGUGUGUGUGUGUGUGUGUGUGUGUGUGUGUGUGUGUGUG